ACAGCUGGACGUCGCCCGAAGGAGAGGAGUUCUACGUCAAGUACGUGGCUGACGAAGACGGCUACCGCGUGGUGGAGUCCAACGCCGUCCCCGUCAGCCACGGGCGGGUGCACGCUGACGGCACCAGGGAUCCUUUGGCGAAGGAGAGGGCGAAGGAGGCGAAGGAGGAGAAGAAGGAAGCCGAUAAUAAGAAGCUGGAGUAGAAUUCCUUCGAGAUUUGGUUUAUUCUUCAAGAUGACGGCUGGACGGAUAAUCUCUUGUAAUUUGCAUCGUUAGGACUGUGCUCUAGUAAUUUAUUGUAGAUUUCGUAAGAAUUUUGGGUCUAGGAUGUACGCAAAUAUAGU